AUGCAGACUUCAACAGCGGGAAUUCGCUCUUCUUCUCGGAGUCGCAAAGUUCACCUUAUCGAUGACCCGGACGACUGCGACGCCAUUCUCGACGAGCUCUUCUUCUCUCCGUCAUCGUCUGUUCUUCUCCCGCCUUCUCCUCUCACCACCUACCUCAUGGUCCAGCGACAAAUCUCGCCGUCUUCGGUUUCCGCUUCUCCAUUUUUGACGGGGGACUUCUCCCGACAGCUCGUGGCGCUGGACUGCGAGGGAGUGGCCCUGGGCCGGUUUGGACGCAUGUGCACUGUCCAGAUCGCGACUUCAACGCAUACUUUGCUUCUCGAUGCGUUCAAAACGGGCGUCGUUGGAGGAAACAAGAAGUUGAAGGAAAUCCUCGAAUCGCCACACAUUGUCAAGGUUUGCCACGACUGUCGCGAGGACGCCUCCGCCCUUCUUCACCAGCACACCAUUCGGCUGAGAAACGUCUUCGAUACUCAGGUUGCGCACCAAAUCUGGAGUGAGCAGAAGGGAGAGACGCGCUUCCAGGCUUCUCUGUCUGAACUGUUUCGCAGCUUCUUAAACCUCCGGGACGGCGGCGUGGCGAAACAGGCCAAAAGCGCCAUGGAAGCAGAUCCCUCAGUGUGGUGUCAGAGACCACUGCCGACUGAUCUCCUGCGAUAUGCCGUCUUUGGCGUUUCUCACCUUCUCGACCUCGCUCACAUCCUCGCGUUUCACCUUUCCUCGUGCAACGAAGUGAUUCGAAGGAGCUGUGAAACAUACUUGCCGUACCGACACUUGAACACGCACCUCAACUCUCCCGCAGAAAUCGCAACGCCUGGCGCAGUGAUCCAGGGCAUGGUGGCUGCACGCACAUGCAUGGGUCUAACGCUGAAGCUGAACUGUGGGAGAAACGGAGUCGUCUCGACACCUGCGGCGCUGUCUCGCUUCCACGACGUAAACGUCGGAGACAUUGUCGACGUCCAAGUCGCCAGUCAGUCGCAAGACGGGAAGAUCGUCUACCUGGACCGCUACGAUGGCCUGUACAACUACUGGAACCUGAAGGAGCGGUCGGUUCUCGAGAGCACAUAG